AUGGAGCGUGGCCGUCAACGGACUCGAAUCACGGAACCUCCUCAAAAUGCAACUCAAACAGAUGCCGAGCCAUCUGCGGAUGAUAGUCCAAGUCUAAGCCCUACCGGGUUAGACGUGAGAUUCACCUUAGACCAUGAACCUCCUAGAGGGCGCUCUAUGUCACCCGCUCGAGCCUAUCUCGCGAGGCCAAGCUUGGACUCUCGAAGGAGCCCAUCGGUCAUGAGCAUAAUGCAGAUUGAUCAGAUUAUCUCCGAUGAUCGAAUGAACAUGGAGACGUAUGGGGUCGCUGAGAUGCGUGAUGGCUUCUUCGACGCACUCUUCUUAAAGCCGGACCCGAUAGAUCCAGAUGAGGUUGUUGAACGGUCCAAAGCUGCUCUGCCUAAGGAAUUCGAGAAGAGUCACCCGUUAUCAGCAAAACACUUUCUCCCAAGGCAACUCCAUGAGUUCAAAUCAGUGACACGCAAAGUUGCUACCACUAGAGCUGGCAUCCAGCUUCUCAAGUCGUUUCUUGCCUUUUUCAUCGCCUAUAUCUUAUGUCUAAUACAGCCAAUCCACGACUGGCUAGGCUACAAUGACUACAUCAUGGUGGUAUCUACUAUAAUAAACCAUCCAGGUCGCAAUUUGGGUUCUCAAGUUGAUGGCACAGUAGGCACUAUCAUUGGUACUGCUGCCGGCCUUGCCUGGGGCUAUGUUGCCAUUUUGAUUUCAGAAUCAACGAAUGAUGCUUUAAAGGCAUAUGGUUGGAUUCUCAUUGUUGUUUCUGCUGUGUUCUUUGCGGGCAUUGCCUUAAUACGUUCGAUCUUUAUCCGCCUAUACCAGACUGUUCUAUGUGCAGGCAUAGCCCUCGCGUUUACAACACUGGGCCUGACUGAUGGCGAUGCUUUCACCUGGCACAAGCCGCUGCAAUACGGAAUUCCUUGGCUGUUGGGUCAAGCAAUUGCACUGGCGGUAAACUGUCUCGUCUUUCCUGAUGCCGGCAACCGCCUACUGGCGGUCGCCUUUCAUAGGUCAUUCAAUACUAUGCAGGAAUCCCUUGUUAUCCCUAGGCCUAGAGAUACAGGACUCAGGAGACGUCUUGCCAAAACGUUCAUGGACAUGUCACUUGCUUAUCGAGAUAUGAGAAUCGAUAUCACCAUCACUCGCUUCCGCCCGAAUGACGUGCGAGAGCUUCGUAAUUCAGUGCAGGGCGUGGUUAGGGCCCUUCUCACCAUGAACACUGAUACGGACCUUUUCGAGGACUGGUCUGACACUCUUGAGAUCACUGUUGCAGAUGACGCGGGAAGUGAGUCCGAGGUCGAAGAUUCUGGCCGUAAGGUGGCUCGGGCUCUGUCAGCUCCUACUAGGGAAGUCAUUGAUUGCUGGCGAAAGCACUUUGGUCCCUCUAAGGACGUUUCUUCUGACCUCGUUCCUGUUCAAUUGCGCAUGCAAAACAGCCUUGCGGCCUUCGAUACUGCGGAAGAUCAUCUCCUGAGAUCUAACGACAGACCCGAAACAUACGCCGAUCACGGACAGGCCGUUGAAUUCCUCGUGUUCGCGAGACAUGUCCGCGAAACAGCAGGGACUGUUGUCAACCUCAUGACCAUAGUUCAGGAUAUGUAUACCAGCUCUAAAAGCAUACGCGUCAACCUUCCUGUGUAUCCUUUCGGGAAAGCUCUAUACAGAACCAACGCGCAGGUCAGACACGACCGUGGGGGCGUCACCGCCGGAAUGUAUCGAGCGACAUUUGCAGAGAUUGCAAAAUUGAUAGAAACGACAAGAUCAUCUGAGAAGCAUCAUCCUCGUGAUAACUACGAGGCGGUCACUGAACCAGAAGAUUGUACAGUGAUCGAGUCAAUCAUUCAUGGCAGUCCCGCGGUGCAUAAAGACAGGUUGAGUUAUAAGUUAUGGAAACUUCUGCGCCGUUGCCAGGGGUUUGAAACAAAGUAUGCAACCAAGGUUGUCCUUCUCCUUUCAGCUCUAUCUCUUCCUUGUUGUUUUGAAAGCGCCUAUUUCUGGAGGACGCUUUAUGAUGCAUGGUGGGCUGUCGCUGUGGGAUGGAUCAUGAUCCACCCUCGCAUAGGGGGCAACAUUCAGGACUUUUUCACUCGUGCUUUUGCAGCCGUUCUCGGUGCUGCGUGGAGUGGUGCAGCACAUGCAGCGAGUGGUGGGAACCCAUAUAUUCUGGCAGUCUUCGCUGCUAUAUACAUGAUUCCUAUGAUAUACCGCUUCACUCAGAGCACUCAUCCGCGAUCCGGUCUUGUUGGCUGUCUAUCUUUCGCCGUCAUAUCUCUCACUUUGCGAGACGCCAGUCUUGGACCUUCUGUUGCACUGCAGGGUGUUUACAAGGGUCUGGUAUUUCUUGUCGGCACUAUAGCACCCAUCAUUGUGAAUUGGAUGCUUUGGCCCUUUAUCGCUCGACACGAACUACGGAUCGCACUAUCAUCAAUGAUUUUAUACAUGAGUAUAAUGUACAGAAAUGUUGUUGCAAACUAUGUUUACUUCGAUGAGGGUAAGGAUCCGACCCCUGAGACUAUCAGACGAUCCGAGAUGCUCGAAAGUCGGAUGCGUGAAGGGUUUGUCAGAAUCCGACAACUCCUUGUCAUGUCGCGUCACGAAAUUCGCCUUCGGGGUCCUUUUGAUCCAAUUCCCUACUCGUGUCUCGCUGCCUCAUGUGAGCGAUUCUUUGAGUAUCUCAUCGCUGUUCGCCAGUCCGCUCUCUUUUACAACCCAAACUACAUCCGCGAUAAUCCCGUGGCUGCUGAACACCUACAUAGCUACCGGCGUGAUGCAGUGGCCGCUAUCCUCGGGAACUUGUACAUCCUCGCCGUAGCAUUGCGAUCAGAGCGCAAAGUUCCUCGCUAUCUACCGAGUGCUGCAGCAGCAAGAAAGAAGCUCCUUCACCGAACCGCCGAACUGGCCAGGGAAAUGGAGGAAGAUACUGAGGGGUAUGAGCUUGAGCGGCAGAAGACGUGGAGUGAUAUAUAUAGCUACUCAUACAAUGCAAGUCUUACUGGCUGUGUGGCCCAGUUGGAAGAGUUGGAGCGGUUCACAAAGCUCAUAGUAGGAGAAAAGAAGUUCGAGCGCCCCGCAAAACCCAUAGAAGAGGACGAUGAAGAUACUGAUGUAUCGCCUGAGCGGCUUUGA